AUGACUGAAAAUCUUAGCUUCAAAGAUAAGGUAGUGAUUAUCACUGGAGCCGGUGGAGGGCUAGGUAGAGUGUAUGCUCUGGAGUUCGCCAAAAGAGGGGCGAAUGUUGUUGUUAACGAUUUAGGCGGCUCUUUGGGCGGAGAGGGUCACAACUCAAGAGCAGCGGACGUUGUCGUCAAGGAAAUUCAAGAGAAAUACAAGGUUCGAGCAGCGGCCAACUACGACUCAGUGACAGACAAUGCAGCAGGAAUCGUCAAGACGGCGAUUGAUAGUUUCGGACGUGUGGAUGUUGUCGUGAAUAACGCAGGAAUCUUGCGGGACUCUAGUUUUGCGAAGAUGCAGGACGCUGCAUUUGAUGCUGUAGUCGAUGUGCAUCUAAAUGGCGCCUACAAGCUCACAAAAGCUGCUUGGCCUAUUUUCAAACGGCAAAAUUUCGGUAGAGUCGUCAAUACGUGUUCUCCAGCCGGACUUUACGGCAAUUUUGGACAGGCCAAUUAUUCGGCGGCGAAACUAGGCCUUGUCGGUUUCUCAGAAACUUUAGCUAAAGAGGGGUACAAGAGCAACAUUUUCGUGAAUUGUAUUGUGCCGCUAGCUCGUUCUCGCAUGACUGAGCGAAUCAUUCCUCCGCACAUUUUAAAAAAUCUGGCCCCGGAGAAAAUAGCACCAAUGGUGCUUUACUUGAGCCACGAGUCUACGAAAGUCACAAACUCAAUUUUUGAGCUUGCAGCAGGUUACUACAGUCAAAUUAGGUGGGAACGGUCAUCAGGCCAGAUUUUCAAUCCCGAUCCCAAGACCUUUACCAGCGAGGCUAUACUCAACCAGUGGAAGUCUGUUGUGGAUUACCAUGACAAGCCAUUUAACAAAGUCACCCACCCUAUACAGUUGAGUGACUACAACGCGUUGAUCACCAAGGCGCGGCAGCUCCCCGCCAAUGAUCAAGGCACUACAGCUAUCAAUUCAUUGCGGGGUAAAGUGGUCAUUAUUACGGGCGCGGGUGCUGGUCUAGGAAAAUCUCAUGCCUUGUUCUUCGCUAAAUAUGGCGCCAAAGUUAUCGUGAACGAUAUCCGUGAUCCAUUUACUGCAGUUGCAGAGAUUGAAGAGAAAUAUGGUAAAGGCGCGGCCGUGGCUGACAAACACGACGUCGUUGCAAAUGCAAAGGAGAUUAUUCAAACCGCUUUGGACCAUUUUGGCAGAGUUGAUGUUCUCGUUAAUAACGCUGGUGUCUUAAGAGACAGGUCGUUUGCGAAAAUGUCUGAUGAGGAAUGGCUUGUUGUUUUGAAAGUUCAUCUAUAUUCAACUUUUGGACUAUGCAAAGCUGUCUGGCCAGUUUUCCUGAAACAAAAAGGAGGAUUCAUUAUCAACACGACAUCUACGUCGGGAAUUUAUGGUAAUUUUGGACAGGCAAAUUAUGCGGCGGCAAAGGCUGCUAUAUUGGGGCUCUCUAAGACUUUAGCCUUAGAAGGCCUUAAAUCCAACAUAUUGGUGAACGUGGUUGCGCCUCACGCUGAAACUGCAAUGACCAAAACAAUAUUCUCAGAUAAGGAGCUUGGAAACCAUUUUGAUCCCUCUCAGGUUUCGCCAUUUUUCGUUCUACUGGCUUCUGAGGAACUCUCUAAGAAGGUUGGAAAACCUGUCACUGGUCAAUUGUUCGAGGUUGGUGGUGGCUGGUGUGGCCAAACUAGGUGGGAAAGAAGUAAAGGAAUUGUCAGUACUGAACCAUCACCUGAGUUUUUGCGUGACAAUUGGAAGAAAUUAGCCGAUUUCACUCAAAGUACGCAUCCAUCGUCUACUCAGGAAUCAUCAAUGUCAAUACUUCAGAACGUGGCUGAAGCCUUGAAUUCUGCAGCAUCCAAGUUACUUUUCAAGUACACCGAAAGAGAUGCAAUCUUGUACAACUUGGGACUAGGUUGCACUAGUCAAGAGCUGAGGUACUGCUACGAGAAUGACCCCAAUUUCCAGGUUCUACCUACUUUUGGAGUAAUACCAUUUAUGUCCAGUGGCAAUGCUAUCAAGAUGAACACUCUUGUCGAAAACUUCAACUAUGCGUUCCUAUUACAUGGUGAACAGUAUUUCAAAUUAAACCAGUUUCCCCUACCAACUAAAGGCUCUUUGAAAACAGUCGGGGAACCAAUGCAAGUCAUAGACAAAGGCGGUAAGGCAGCUGUGAUUGUUGGAGGUUAUCAAACGUUCGAUAUUGAAACGAACAAACCAAUUGUUUACAACGAAGCCACUUUCUUUGUUCGUGGCGCUAAAGUUCCCAAAUCGAAACAGAUCAAUAAGGCUAGGAGCAAGUUUGCUAUACAACAGUUCAAAGCGGGUGAUGGUGAGCCCGAUUUCCAGGCAGACAUUACAACGGAUGAAAAUCAAGCAGCCAUUUACCGUUUGUCCGGAGACUUGAAUCCUUUGCAUAUCGAUCCGCAUGUUGCCAAAAUGGUAAAAUUUCCUAGACCGAUUUUACACGGGCUGUGUACUCUCGGGGUUACUGGAAAAGUUUUAUUCGAAAAGUUUGGCCAGUUUGAAGAAUUCAAGGUGCGUUUCACAAACGUUGUGUACCCCGGCGACCGCCUCAAAGUAAAAGCGUGGAAGAAACCUAAUGGUAUCGUCAUAUUUCAAACUAUCGACGUAGACCAAGGUUACGUCGUGCUUGAUAAUGCUGCACUCAAACUCGUGGGCGGAAAAGCCAACCUUUAA